CAUUAAAUGCCCGCCACAUACUCAAGUGACAAGUCCAUCUCCCAUGCAACCAAAAGCAAACAACUCCAUUUCAUUUCUCAGUCACUAAUCAAACAAUUCUAGCAGCAAUGGAAGGCAUAACACAAUCUCUCUACCUAACAAAAAUUCCCAAGUCUCAAACCUACUCUGUUUCUUCAUCAAAUUCACCACUUUCAUUAUACUCCAAAGCCUCUUCAAUAGCUUUCAAUUCAUCAACAUAUCAAUGCUUUCUUUUUCAGCAACAUGGUGGUGGUGUUAUAAAUCCCAUAGCAAAAGAAAAGGGGAAACUGGGAGCUAUUCAUGCAUCAGAGGCUACAACUCCAACAACAAACGCUACUGGAAGAUGGAUUCUUGAACCAAUUGGAGAUGGUGAUACAAGACAUAUAGGCUACAAGGUUGCAAUGCCAGGUGCAUAUGAAAUCAAUUCUAAUGAAGUCACUGUUGGACGUGUUCCAGAGAAAGCUGAUCUGGUGAUUCAAGUUGCAACAGUGUCUGGCGCGCAUGCACGCAUUCGGAAAAAAGAAGACAAUCUUCUAGUUAUGGAUUUGGAUAGCACCAAUGGGACAUACGUUAAUGAGAUACGGCUGAAACCUGGAGUAGUUACCGCGGUAUCUCCGGGGAGUUUUAUUACUUUUGGGGAUACUAAUUUGGCUAUGUUCCGCGUGUCAAAGAUAAAAGAUGAGAAGGCUGCAGAUACAACUGGAGAAGCAGAAGGUGAAUCAGACAAUGGUGACAAAUCUGAUAUUACUGAAACAAGUUGAGCUUGUAGUUGAAACGCAAAGUACUUUGUUUUGUAUAGUUAAGGUAUUCGCAUUGUUUCGCAAUGCUGUUUUGAUACAAAACAUUUUCUAAGGUUGAUAGUUGCUGUUCUGCUCAAUGUUGUCACUGCCAAACAAUAAGAAAAGAUAAAUUUGCACUUUGACAAAAUUUUGAAUGUUUACCCACUUUAGAAUGGGUUAUAUAUCAUCA